GUAGUCCAUAAUCUCAAACAAUAAAAGUGGAAAAUCGAGAAAACCCUAAGACCCUUUUACAACACAGCCGUCCCCUUAGUUUUCUAAAGCUCAUUCGACGGCGGUGUGAGCUUUUCUCCUUCAGAUCCACCCCAGAUCCCCCUUCAUCUUUUCCAGGUGAAUAUACCCAAAAUUCUGGUUUAAGAUGUCGGACAGCCAUGAGACUGACAAGAAUAUUGAAAUAUGGAAGAUCAAAAAGCUGAUCAAGGCAUUGGAAGCUGCCAGGGGGAAUGGAACAAGCAUGAUCUCCCUCAUCAUGCCUCCGCGUGAUCAAGUUGCUAGGGUUACAAAGAUGUUGGGUGAUGAGUACGGAACUGCUUCCAAUAUCAAGAGUAGGGUGAAUCGUCAAUCUGUGCUAGCAGCUAUUACAUCUGCGCAACAGAGGUUGAAGCUGUACAACAAGGUUCCUCCUAAUGGGCUUGUUCUAUACACCGGAACCAUCGUAACCGAUGAUGGUAAAGAAAAGAAAGUAACCAUUGAUUUUGAGCCCUUCAGGCCAAUAAAUGCUUCCCUGUAUUUGUGUGACAACAAAUUCCAUACAGAAGCAUUGAAUGAACUACUUGAGUCUGAUGAUAAGUUUGGCUUUAUAGUCAUGGAUGGUAAUGGAACCCUAUUCGGUACUCUGAGUGGGAACACCAGGGAGGUGCUUCACAAAUUUACUGUUGAUCUUCCAAAGAAGCACGGUAGAGGAGGACAAUCUGCAUUACGUUUUGCUCGUCUUCGAAUGGAGAAGCGGCAUAACUAUGUGAGGAAGACUGCAGAACUCGCCACUCAGUUUUUCAUUAAUCCUGCUACAAGCCAGCCUAAUGUUUCAGGACUUAUACUUGCUGGAUCAGCUGACUUUAAAACUGAGCUCAGUCAAUCUGACAUGUUCGAUCCUCGCCUUCAGGCAAAGAUUCUAAAUGUUGUAGAUGUUUCUUAUGGUGGUGAGAAUGGUUUUAACCAGGCAAUAGAGCUGUCUGCUGAAAUUCUUGCCAAUGUGAAGUUUAUUCAGGAGAAGAAGUUGAUAGGAAAGUACUUUGAGGAGAUCAGUCAGGAUACAGGUAAGUAUGUUUUUGGUGUUGAAGAUACACUCAAGGCUUUGGAAAUGGGGGCUGUUGAGAUUCUCAUUGUCUGGGAAAAUCUUGAUAUCAAUAGAUACUCACUCAAAAAUGCCUCAACUGGUGAACUUAUUGUAAAACAUUUGAACAAGGAGCAAGAGGCUGACCAGAGCAAUUUCCGGGACUCAGAAACUAAUGCUGAGUUGGAGGUGCAGGAAAAAACUUCUUUGCUGGAAUGGUUUGCUAAUGAGUACAAGAAUUUUGGAUGCUCCCUUGAAUUUGUAACUAACAAAUCCCAAGAAGGAUCGCAAUUUUGCAGGGGUUUUGGUGGCAUAGGAGGAAUUCUCCGUUACCAACUCGAUAUGCGAUCCUUUGAUGAGCUUUCUGAUGAUGGAGAAACCUAUGGAGAUUCAGAUUAAUCAAUCAUCAGCUUGGCAUUCCCAUGCCCAACAACUUGAGCAUCAACCAGACCGAAGUAAGUAGUUGAUAAGUUCAUCGCAGUUACGUUGCUGCUCAGGUUGUCCUCUGAGAAUUUCUACAGAGUUGUUCCAUUUAAGGUUUAAUUAAUCAAUUUCAACAUAUUUCAUAUAACGUUGUGUGUAAUACCUUUCUCGAGAUCCCUUUAGAAUCUAGAAUUCUUGUGCUCCGAGAAUACACCAUUGCGUCUUGAGGUUGACCAUACCUGAAGUGAUUUUGAUUGAGAUGUUGAAUGAAUCAUAUUGUUGUUUGAUAUCAUAGAAUUCAUUGCAUGAGGUAAUGGUAUAAAGAUGUCGUUUUUCUUUUGCUUAGGAUCCCUUUUUUCUUCUGAGCUUUGUUGAUUGAUGUAGUGAAACAGUUAUCCUAGGUAUGUUAGGUCAAGGGGUUGAUUCGCCCUUUGCUUUAAACAUUUCUAUGUUAGUGUUUUGGCAAAAGAUUCAUAGUUUGAAGCUGAAUGCUCAAGUAUAGAAAA